AUGGCUGAAAAAAAUUUUGAUAUAACAGCUGCUGAAAUAAAGUUGAAAAUGGAAAAAUGUAAUGUCAAAGUGAGCAAGGAUACAAUCCGGCAUCAUUUGCAUAAAGGAGGUGCCUGGUAUAUAAAUCCACUUUCCAAGCCUUUCUUUACUGAAAGGCACAGAGAAAAUCCGAAAAAGAAAGGUUUUGGCAAGCUAAUCCUUUUUCAAAAAAAUUUAAAUGCUAAAUUUAUGAUUACUAUUUAUGAAAAAGGUCUUCUGCUAUCUGCUAGUAAGCUUUUUGGUCAAGAAAAAGAAAAAUGGUAUAAAGGUACUUCUCUGGUCAUUGUUUCACCUGAUCAAAACCCUAUUGAGAAUAAUCAAUUACCAAGUAGUCUUGCAGUAAAAUUAGCUGCUAGUGUAAAAAAGCGCAUAGAGGCAUUAAUUGAGUCCAAUGAGGACUUUACAAUAUAUUACAAUAACAAGGCAGUUAAAGUUAGAAGUCGUGUUCAAAGAACUUCUUAUAAGGUAUUAGAAAAACUUACCGUUAUUCAAGAAGCAAAACGGAUUGGUGUUUUGGCUGCUUCAUGUCACUUUGCUGCUAAAGAAGAGCUUAUUAAAUGGUUAAAUGAACUUCGACAAAUGGGAAUUGCAGUAACAUCAGAUCAAGAGAAUAGUGAAAUCGAUGAUAAUAAAGAUUUGUUUGAAGUAGUUAAAGAAGAUAGUUUAUCUGCUGAAGAACUAGAAGAUUAA